CUUCGUAGUACCAAUACAGUCCCCAGUGGCAGAAUCUGACACAUUCUGUGGAAAUCUUGAGCAGAAGGAUAAACCGAUCGGCUUUAAGCACUGCUUGCAUGCCGGUAGAAUAGUGUCUGCCCACGGACAAAUCUCAUUGAUGAGAUACAAUCACUUGAAAGACGCAGAUAAACCGACUCACCUCAUUCCCUCAAGAGGAGCCGUGGCUGACUCCCAGAUUGGCAAGCCCAGUGACAAGCGUUCCACGGCAAAAAUCCGUGACGAAAUUUCCCAUGAUAAAAUGGAAGUAUGCGAUGACAAACCAAAAGCAGAUUCUGGUCCGGCUGUCCAAUGGAACUUGCAAGUGUCUUCUUCUCAAGAACGUAAGAUACAGGGAAUGGACAUUGGGUCGACUGAGGUGGACAUCGAUGACAACCGUCUAUAAAUUCUGGUGCUGGCUCAUCAACUUAGAGGUGCAAGCAGCCCCUGAGACGAUACACGCGAGCAGACUUGCCGCGGCAAGACUGGCUUAUAAUCCAUUGCAGAGAGCCUGGGAAGUAGCCCGGUGCCCUGGCGGCAAGCUCCCUAGGACAAUUCUGUCCACCAGAGCUAAACCAAAGGAAGCGAAGACGGAAAGUACGCGCAUCGCCAAGCAGUCAUUAGGGCGGCCUUUCAAAAUGAACUAUGGCAUGGGACGAUGGCUAGGAGAGGGCAUUUCCAGCCGGAACGCAAGGCCACAGAAGAGGAAUUGCCAUCUCUACAAGCGUCUCUACAAGAAGCUGGGCGAGCAUGACGAGCACCAGAACAAGAUGAACGCUGUGGCUGAUAGGUUGGAGCUGAUGAAGCUGGAGGACAGCUUCUGAGUCGCGGACUUUGGACUUUGCGAUAACGAUGCGGGCGUCAGACAACCAAAGAGUCUGUUGGUUUGGUGUUGAUUCAAGGGAAGACACAUGUGCCUCCCAAGGCUGCAAACCUUGUCUCGUCUGGCUUGACUGGAAUGCGCGACUGGGUGCAAGGUUAGCAACGUUGUCAACAAGAACUUGGGGAUAGUAUGUAGCAGCUCCUGGAGCAUGGCAAGAUAAUUAUUGUUCACGAAUGCCCCUGGCUACAUUGACGGAUCCCAAGAACGUGGAGUAAUCUAAAGCCUUCCUAGAAGUCACAGAGAGACGGCACGGAGUAGUCGCAAUACAUCGCAAAGUAAGAACAGGCCAACUUGACGAGAGCCCUCGG